UCGAUCUCCCAAAAAAAAAAAGCCAUAGAUCAAGCGGCCUCGCAGCACUACACAGCGAUUUCAAGUAUGUGCAGUAUUAGCCGGUUCAGUCUGCACUAUAAACAAUAGAAUAAACUUACAUACCGUCAGGCCUUAAGAAUACCCCUCUCAGCCGAAAAUAAUCUUUGACCUUACAAGCCCCUCCUACAUUUUCACUGUAUAUUCCUUAUCUCUCAAGUCAGUUACUGCUGCUACCACACAAUAUGAGCGCCACACAAGAAGACGCCCACUUGCGUUCGAGAACCACCAACGUUUCAACCAAGUUCAUAGACACUUCGUUCAGCGUAUACACCGAUGAAGAUGAUUCGGAUUACGCGGAAGGGACUACAACGGUUAUUGAAGACGACGACGACGUAUCGUCAUCCGCUUCCUCUAUUAUUUCCCAUGAGAGCCAUCGCACCAUUGCCGCCCAGAAUGAUUCCUCUGAUGACUCGCAACUCACGAUCGAUAACAUGGAGCUGCAGAAAGACGAGAACUUGUUGGCCGUUCCACCCCUUGCACACAAGCUUUUGGGCCGCUUGUCGCCCUCUCAGUCCACCACCAACUUGAUCCUUGAGUCGCACAAGCGCUUUGGCAAGUUUGUCCACAAGUACGAAGUGCCGCGCAAGGUGUUUCACGUAUCUAUCGGUUUCAUUACGUUAUAUGUCUACACUCUUGGGGUGCAAGUGCACCACUUGGUGCUUGGUCUCCUGACCGCCUUUGUCACUAUCUUAUCUACCGACUUGUAUCGUUUUAGAAACCCAAAGUUCAACGACUUGUACUGCAAGUUCAUGGGAUUCCUUAUGAGAGAGAAGGAGGUGAUGUCGUACAACGGUGUCAUCUGGUACUUGCUCGGGUUGGUGCUUGUGUUCAUUAAGUGCCCCAAGGACAUUUCCGUCAUGUCUGUGUUGUUGUUGAGCUGGGCCGAUACCUCUGCUUCCACUUUCGGUAGAAUGUACGGCCACUUGACCCCUAAGGUGAGUGGUAGCAAGUCUUUGGCGGGUUCGUUUGCUGCUUUCCUCACUGGUGUGCUUUCUGCCUACGUCUUGUAUGGUGUGUUCAUUCCACGCUUUCCAGAGGUGAACGUCGGCUAUGUUAUUGAAUGGACUGCCGAGACCAGCAAGCUUAACUUGUUCACGUUGAGUCUCUUGAGCGGGUUGGUUGCCAGUGUUAGCGAGGCAAUUGACAUUUUCGGCUGGGACGAUAACUUUACCAUCCCUGUUAUCAGUGGCUACGUGUUAUGGGGUGUUGUCAGCUACUUCAAGGUAUGAACAUCCAUCGCAUCGAACUAGACCUUCGAUAAGGAACGACUUACAGCACGUUGGAUACAUUGUGAAAAUGUGUAACCUCUUCCAACGCUGUCCCUUCAUAUUCUUGUAAUUACAUAGAUAAACUAAUACAUUAAUAUCACAUAUGAAAUCA